ACGGAUUUCAGUCCAAAAGUGUAUACUCUACUCUAGUAAGUUCUACCGACUGCGCUAUUUUGAUACUUUCAGAUUCCAAAGGGGAUUCAAUUGUCAAUCCCCACCCUGCCGGGUGCUCUUACUUGUAAAGAGUAAACUUCCCUCUGCAAGCCCCGCGGCCAAGAGUAAUUCUCUCAUAUUUCCUGCCUAUUCUGUAAUCAUAUAAUAGACUCUCUAAUGGCCGAGCAGGAAGAAGAUCGCACAGCUUCUGCGGUCGCAAAGGACAAUAAGCAAUCUCCUCCGUUUGUGGAGGUGAUCUGCCACCGCACAGACAGGACAUGGAGAUUCGCUGCCGGUACGGAGGCUAAAUUUUCCGUCAAAAUGAUAAAUAGCAAGCUGGAAUCCAGAUUUUCUCUGCCGCCAGGAACGCAUAUUGAAGCCGUUAAAGACGGGGAAGAGCCCGUAAUAUUCGGCCCCAAUUCGGUGCUCGUCGAUUACGGGGAUGGCUGGACUCUACGGACGGCUUCUGACGGCAUUGGUUUUGGAAGGUCUAUGCAGGAGAACAUGGUAGUGAUGGGACAGGCAUAUAAUCCUGUGACCACGGGAUCCGAUGAUAGCCAAUUCAAGAAGAGGGCCCCACAAGCUAUUUCUUUGACCGUAUACAUGGGAAAGAUAUUGCUUGCAUUUAUAUUUAUAUUUUUGUUAGGUGCAAUGUUCACAUUGAUUCUGGAAAGCCUUCCAAAGCUCGUUGAGUAUCACGAACGAAAUAAAGAAACCGAGUGAAAAAAGGUCUUUCCUUCACGUGUUAAUUUAUUUCACACAAACCUGCCGUAAGAAUGUAUCAAGAAUUAUUUACUGAUUAUAGUGUAGCGAUCUUGUUAUUUGUUUGUAUAAGUUGAUAGUGCGAUUAUCAUUUUCUUGAAAAUAUCUCAUUUUUGUAUUAACUCCUAGAGAGAAGUGAGAGCUAGAGAGAGAAGUGCUAUAAAUGUUUGAUAUUAA